GGCGCCUUGAAGAUCAGAGCGGCAUCCCUGCGGUGGCUCAAGAGGUUGAGACGCUGAACUGCAGGCUGUGAAAGAUGCACAGGUGUGCCGGCCUCCUGUUCGUUUCUUUCCUCUUCUGCACUGCCCUCUCCGAGACCUUCGGACUGGUUUUGUCCGCUAAAGAGAAAAGGGGAUGGACUAUGAAUAGUGCUGGUUAUCUGCUUGGCCCACGUCGUAUUGAACAGCUGCUCAAGGAUAUGCCCAGUGCAAGGGGGAGAGAAGCGCUACCUGGGGAAUAUGCAAUAGACAGAAUUUUUAAUGACAAGCAUGGUCUAGCUGGUAAACGUGACAUACAGCCUGGAGAAAAUAUAAAAGCGGGUACUUUUGGAAGACCACAGAUGGAUGACAAUGUUGUGCGUACAGUGAUUGAAUUUUUGACCUACUUACAUCUUAAAGAAACUGGUGCUCUUGACAAUAUAUCUACAACAGUUUCUUCAGAAGAAACAAAUCAGUCUUGA